UCGGACUCAGCACCGAAACGAGGCGAGGGUACCGCGGCGCGAAUACGAAAACAACACAAAUAGGUGUAAUGAGCGAAAUACCGUUCACAGUACCAUCAGUGAUUUGAUCACCGCUAGCAAAGAAACUAAAACAUUUAAACAACCAACGAUGGUUCAACUUGAUUGGAGCUUCAUACUGGACAUAGCAUACGGAGGGGUGAACCAUAGUUUACCUGGAAAUGGAGGACCGGCUUGUGCAAGGUUCCUAUCAACACGACAAAGAGUCCUCGAAACAGUCUCGUAUAUGCUCUUCUGCGUGGUGCUGCUUUAUUUUAUCUUGCCGCGAUGUCGAAUCCCAGAGAAAUUGCCGCCACUGAGGGAAGGAACUCUUUUUGCAAGAAGACUGUUGUUGGUUUUGUUAUGCGUUACGUUCGCGAUUGAAGCCGGUUUCAAAGUCGCGACGAAACAAGUCAUUUAUCUCCUCAACCCGUGUCACGUUUUGAAUGUUCUCCAGAUCUAUCUUCUUGCAGCCAAACCAAGCAAACAUGUGCUGUGUUUAUUUAGAAUCAAUAUGUAUAUACUUUUUGGUGCCCUUUUGGCAGUAGUCUUCCCUGUUGUAAAUACAAGACUGCUCCCAUUUGAAGUUGAAAUCUACUGGAUUCAGCACUUACUCAUUCUACUGAUUGUUCCAGUUUUUCUUAUACAUUGUCGAGGGCCAUUUGUCAUGGACCCCCUACUGGACAUCAGCUGGGGCAUCUUGACCAUUGUGAUCUACGCCACUUACAUGUUUUUAGUCCUUCAGCCUUUAGGAAUGCUCAGUGAAGUCAAUCUCAACAAUAUGGUCUGUCCUGCUGUCAGUGAUCCAUUCGUAGGUCCAUACUACAGAGUUAUGGCAUGCAUAUACAUCCCUCUUCUUAUUAUUCUCUGUGGAAAAGGCGUCACCAUUGUGGGAGAGGGAUUUGUGCGUAUUGUUAAUGGACCUGAGAAGACAGACUAAUGGAGUACCUGUAUGAUACAGACAAUACAGGAGUAAUAUAUUUAAAUAAUUUAUUGGAAUGAAAAACAAAGAAUGUGUUAUAAUUGCAUGAUGAUAUUUCAUCAAAUAAUUUAUUCUAAUUUUGUAUUUUGCAUGAUUAUUUUUUGCUGAGUAAUCAUUUUUGAGAGUUGAUCUCUUAAUAUUUAGUUGGGCUAGGUUAAAAAUGUGUACUUUCCAUGAUCUUAAAUAACCAUGACAACUGCUCAGAGCAGAGAAGGAAAAUGGUGGAUGUAGUCUGAUAUUUUUUUUGGUUGGGGAGGGGGGGUAUUUUACACAAUUUUACAGUUAGAAUGUACACUUUGAAUAUAAAGUCAAUAUAACCCUUCAGAGUUGAUAGAUUUGGUCAUGAACUAGAAGGCCCAGGUCCAGUUAGUUGUGACGUAGAUCAAGAUGCCAAUCAAAUUACAUGAGAAAAUAUAAGCAGGCGCUAUACUAGUUCCCAUCUACAUGUCUCCUUAGUUAUUGCUGAAAAUGGUUGUGUGGUUACAGAUUGCUCCAUCAACUUGAUUUCUUAGGCGUGGGCUGUUUUUGAAACCUACAACAAAACGAUAUUUUUUUUUUCGCAUAUAAUUCUCUGCUUCAAAUUUUUCUUUGCUUUAUUGUGGUUCACACAUGGUUUUAGAUUUUCCUGCAAAAACUUUGAAUUAUUCACUUCAUUCAAUCAAUCUUUCACGUGGCCAAAAAAAUUUUCAAAGCUCUGUAGAACAUUCAUAUGUCAAACAAAUUCAAUUCCCUUUUUAGAUAUACAUUUUGUCUGGCAUUAUCUUUUUGGGUAUUGGAAAUUUUGAGAAUUAUUCAAAUAUUGAAUUGAGUUGCGUUGCGUUGAAUUGCGUGUCAAUAAAAAGUAGCUAUUUUAUCUUGAUAUAAAGAUAUGGCCUGAAAUGAUUUUUUUUACCAAUAAACUAUUUAGGGCAA